AUGGACCAAUUCCCAAACAAGGAACACGUGUGGGUGCGCAGCCGCGCGCUGCGCACGUACCUCCACGCCUCCACCGACGGGACACGCGUCUCCCUCCUCCCGACCCGAGCAUCCAUCAACGCCGCGUGGGCGGUGCAAGUGCACGAAGCCGAGCACGGCAGCCCCUGCGUGCUCCUGCAGGGCGCCGCCUACGGCCGCUACCUCGCCGCCACCGACCUGCCGGCGCCUUUCGGCCACAGCGGCUACCGCGCCUCGCAGCUCGAGUACUGCGAUAUUCCGGUCCCGGAGGAGGAGUCUGUCCUGUGGCGGGUCAUCCCGGCCGCGUCAGGGGACGACGUCCUGCUCCGCCACUCCGCCGGCGGCCGCUACCUCCGCGCCAACGGCAACGGGCGCCGGAACACCGGCGUCACCGUGGAGAAGAUCAGGAGCCUCACCACGAUGGCGCAGUGGGAGGUGGAGGUCAUCCCGGCCAAUCCCAACUUUCCUGGCAUUCCAGGCCCGAUCUAUGAACCCGUUCGCAGAGACCGCCGCAUCCUGUCCACCGGGCGCGAGUUGCCGCCGUUGCGGUUGAUCCGGUUCGUGCAGGCGGACGCCGAAGGGGAGUACAACGAGGACGGCUGGAGCCAGUUCUCGUUCAGGGGCAACUCCAUCUACCAGCUGAGGAACGAGGUGGCCAACCGUGUGCACAUCAACAGCUUCGUCAUGUGCGUCCGAGCCGGCCUCCACGCGCCGCUCGCCCCGAUGCUCGCCAACCUGCCUAGCGGCCGAACCGGCAACACGCUCUACAUCGUCGUCAUCCAGUCCACGACGCCAGCUGAACUUGCGCCGCGAUACCCGGAUAUCAACGCAUAGUAGAUGAGAUCAGAGCAGGACUCCUGACGAUCGCCUCACAGUUGACCUCUUCAAAAGUGUUGCCUCCCCUGACAC